UUAAAAACAAAUAUUAAUAAUACCAUAUGUUAAGUGACACCAGUCUUAAAAACAAUGCAAAAAUACAUAAACCCGCUAUUUGUAAUUUGAAUGUAUAAACAUGUUAUCUGUGAAAAUCAUAGAUUGUGACUACUACAUGGCACCACCAUUAACAAAUUUGGAUAUCAAUUUUAGUGAAUUUCGGAAUUCAUCUAUAAAAUUUGUUCCUAUUCUUAGGAUCUUUGGAAAUAAUAUUAAAGGUCAGACAUGUUGUUUACAUCUUCAUGGUUAUUUCCCAUAUUUAUCUAUUCAAUGGGAAUUGUCUACUGAAACUCUAACUUUACAAAAGAUGGCAGAUGAUAUUGAUUCUAAAUUGAACCAAAAACAAAUGAUCCCUCAUGUACAUAACAUUGUCCAUUUUGAAGCAAAGUCAAUGUAUGGUUACACAAACAAAAGUCAAAAUUUUUUAAGAAUAUUUUUUUACAACCCAACUGACAUUAAAAAAAUCGCAGAUUUAUUAAUUAAAGGUGAAUUACUUGAUGGUUGUCAUCAGCCAUUUGAGGCACACAUUCCAUUUCACCUAAAAUUCUUUUUAGAUUUUAAUCUUUUUGGUAUGAAUUAUAUUAAUAUUAAAAAAUUUGUAACUCGUAACAAUGUGUCAAUACAUUCAGAUGAAUUCAAUUAUGGCAAUCAUAUUAUAGAUCAGAAAAAAAUGAGCUUUUGCCCAUUAGAGAUAGAUGCAAAAGUUGUUGAUAUCUUGAAUUCAAUAAAUGACAAAAUGUUCCCAGGUCUUCAAGAGAUUAUAGAUGAUGACAAGAUAAUUAGAACAUAUUUUGAGAUCAAUAGUAUAAGUUCAUCUGUAGAAAGAUUGAAUGUCAAGCCAUUAGUGUCAGAAUCUACAGUUCUCAAUAUAAUUCAAUCAAAAAAAAUAAAUUCUGAAUUGCCAAUUUGUGAUAAAAAAUCUCAAAAUACAUCUAACAAUUUAAGUCAUAUGUUGCAACUGUAUUCUGAAGACAUUGAUCAUAAUGUAUCAUUAUAUGGGUUAGAAAAACUUGACGACAUUUUGUCAAAGUAUGAUACCGAUGAUGAAGAUGAAAUAUCCGAACAAAUAAGCCUAAGCUGUGAUACAUAUUUACCACAAAUUGAUGGUAAAUAUGAUAUGAAUAAAAAGACAAUAGAAGAAAAUGAUUCAGAUGAUAACAAGAAAUUGGACUCACAUGUUACUUUUUACCCCAAAAUUAUAAAGAAAACUGGGCAUACUCUCUGCGAUAAAUCAAAACAUGAUUUACCGAACAAAGAUCCCACCAAGGAAAAUAAUACUUCCAAUCAUAACAAAAUUUCCCUUAAUAUUAAAAAUACAGUAAAGAAAAAGAAUAUUUCCCUACAAAUUUUGUCCUCUCAAACUGGCUCCUUAAUUGAAGAAAAGUUCCCUGUCGUUAAAAAGGCUAAACUUCAACGAAAACUUAGUAAAAGGACGAGAAUAUUAUUAAUUAAACCCAAAAAAUUAUUGGAUAGUAAUUUGUAUAAAGAGAAAUUACGGUACAUCUGUGACACGACAGACGAAAUAGCCUUUACUGAGAAGGGAUCUAAACGCUCCAGUAUAUUCCAGAAUAUCUAUAAUAAACUGGAAAUAUUAGAUAAUUUUUCCAGUAAAAAACCUGGAUUACAAGCUUAUCUAAACUCCGUCGAUGAUACCAGAAAACACGAUUCUGAUACGUUGUGGUUAACCCCAGCUCUUUCUGGCCCAGUAAAUAUUGUAAAAGAUGAAGUUCUCAAAAAUGUCUCCCUAAAUUUUAAAAGUAAUUCAAUGCCCUUUGCGGAGUCUUUCGGGAAAACUAUUAAUAUGAGCAUCAUUCGGGAAACGUCCUUACUUAAUAUUAAAGGAUUAACUGUUCCAUCUUUAGCGGUAUCCGACAUUCCAAUCAAAGUAUUUGAUUUACAAAAACAAAAUUAUCUGAAAUGGCUUAGUUGUGAAGUUCAUACAGAAGUUCGAGGGGAUAUGACCCCAAACUCUCAACAUGAUGCGAUUCAUCUCAUUAUCUAUAGUUAUUUUGAGGAUUCCGAUGAAUAUCGAAAACAGGUUCAAGGAACAACAUCCUUCAAGCCCGCAUCUGAUGACUAUAUUGGUUUUGGUGACAUGCGGGAAAAGAUUUGCCAGUUAAAUCUCAAAAAUGGGUGUUGUGUUGUGAGCGACAAAAAAUCAAAAAUUUUGAACUUACCUAUGGACAAUGUUUAUAUCUCCAGCUCAGAAAUAGAGUUAUUGAAAAAAUUUUACGAUCUUGUAACUAGGACACACGAUCCAGACAUAUUGAUUGCUUACGAAAAUGAGAAAUCAUCUUGGGGUUAUAUAUGUGCAAGAGCUAAGAAAUUGGGGUUAGUCAGGAAACCCUUCGAUUACCUAUCACGAGUUUGUAUUAACCAUAAUAACGAAAAUUGUUUGAGCGAAAAGGACAUAGAUAAUGAUGCUACGAAUCAGAAACAUGAUUAUGAGGUGAACCAAAAAAAUUUGGAUAAUUAUCAAGAAUACAAUGUAAAAAUCGUCGGUAGAAUAUAUAUAAAUGUAUGGCGUUCGAUUCGAAAGCUCAUUAUCCUAAAUAAUUACACGUUUGAAAAUGUAAUGUUUCAUUUAUUACACCUUCGCACAUCCAAAUACUCUCACAAAACGCUUUCGAAUUGGUACAAUGAGCCAUGCCAGAGGUGGCGUGUUUACCACUAUCAUUUGAUUAGGUCGGUUUAUGUGCAUGCCAUGUUGCACGAGUUGGAUAUUGUUGAACAAACAAGCGAAUUCGCUAAGUUAUACGGCAUAGAAUUUGACGAUGUUUUGCACCGUGGUUCCCAGUACAGAGUAGAGAGUAUGAUGUUAAGAUUGGCCAAAUCUCAGGGGUACAUACCUAUUUCACCGUCUCCUCUGCAACGAACUCGAAUGCAGAUGUCUCAAAUGAUUCCAUUGAUUUUGGAACCCGAAGCUGGUUUUUACAGUGAUCCUAUCCUCGUUUUCGACUUUCAAUCUUUGUAUCCUUCUAUUAUUAUAGCAUACAAUUAUUGUUACACCACUUGUUUGGGUUAUCUUGAUAAAUGGACCAGAUCUGAUCAGCCAUUUAAGUUUGGUUGCGUUGAUUUAAAAUUAGAUAUGGCAGCUCUAGAGAAAAUACAAUCUUCGACACACGUUUCACCUGUGGGAGUGGGUUUUGUCGGAAAAGAUAUAUUAAUCGGUGUAUUACCUAACAUGUUGGAACAGAUUUUAGGAACGAGAAUAAAAGUUAAAAAAACGCUGAAGCUCUUGAAAGCAAAGAAUUCUAUGAAAAAUAGUGGUCUCGAAAAAUUGUUGCACACACGGCAAAUGGCGCUGAAAAUGAUUUCAAAUGUUACGUUUGGUUAUACGUCCGCCUAUUUUAGCGGAAGAAUGCCUUGUGUCGAAAUAGCGGACAGUAUUCUUGGCAAAGCUCGAGAAAUCUUGCAAACUUCGAUAGAUUACAUAAACUCGAAACAAAAUUUGAACGCGCGGGUCAUUUAUGGUGACACGGACAGUAUAUUUGUAUUACUAAAGGAUACCACCAAGGCCAAAGCGUUUUCUAUUGGUGAAGACCUCGCGCAUGAAAUUACUCAAAUUUUCAGGGACCCAAUAGAACUCAAAUUUGAAAAAGUGUAUCAUCCUUGCAUACUUCAAACUAAAAAACGCUAUGUAGGGUUAUCUUACGAAAACAUUAACCAAAAAGAGCCAAAUUUCGACGCAAAAGGAAUCGAAACUGUUCGAAGAGACUAUUGUGCCGCAGUACCUAAGGUAUUAGAAAAGGUCAUCACGGAUUUAUUUAAAACUGGUAAUAUAUCGCAAAUAAGAGACUAUUUACAAAUGGAAUUCUGCAAAAUUAUGGAAGGCAAAAUUAGUCUUCAGGAUUAUAUUAUAGCGAGAGAAUACCGUGGAAGAAAAGGUUAUAAGCCUAAAGCGUGUGUACCUUCCUUAGAGAUAGCGAAACGUUUAUCUAAAUUUGAUCCCAUGGCGGAGCCAUUGUUGAAGGAAAGGGUAGCAUAUGUGGUUGUAAAUCCUGAUCAAACCAUACUAAAUCAAAGACAAAAUAAUAGGUUUAACAACACUUUACCCUUGAUCUCUUUGAUCCGUACCCCACAAGAGUUUUUACAAAUGCCAGCAUCUACCCUAAACGCGAAUUACUACAUAACCAAACAACUUAUACCCCCGAUUAAUCGAAUUAUGAGUUUGAUUGGCAUCGACGUUUUAAAAUGGUACGAAGAUAUACCACGUGUAAUACAAUUUAAUCAUUAUAAAUCAACUAAUAGUAUAAACAUUGGAAAGAAAAUUGGGAAGGAUUCUAUAACACAUUUCCUUCACUGCAAUCAUUGUUUUAUAUGUCGUAAAUUGUCUUCAGGCCUAAUCUGUUUAAAAUGUAAACAGAAACCUCAAUAUUCGACAUAUAUUAUCAUGAAUCUAUUACGAAAAUGGUCUAAAAGAUAUGAUUAUCUUUCACAGGUAUGUAAAACGUGUGUCUCCUCCCCGGAUAAUAAUUUAAGAUGUAUAUCAUUAGAUUGUCCAGUUUUUUAUCACAUAAUCGAGGCCAACAAAAGAAUCUCUCAAUUUUCGUCUUUGCAAAAUAUGGAAAAUGAAAUCGAUUUAUUAUAAAUAUUUAUGUUUAAUAUAUUUAAUUAUUUAAGAUGAAUAUUGACAUUAUAUAAUGACUAUAAAUUAAAGUUACA